AUGAUAUUUGUCAAAUCGCAUCUCGUGCUAGCUGCGUUUGCAAGUCGCGCGCUUGCUUGGACGCAAGAGUUCUCCAACACAUCCCAAAGUGUAGAUCCACAUGAACUGCUCAACCGCUCUCUUGAGGCUAUACUGGGUACAAAUAAUGCCAGUCAAAUUCAGACGCUUGUUCUUCAUGGACCCCGGGUCCUCCGGAUUAGGUCCGUGCCUGAAACCCUCUCGGUUGAUGGAGCAAUGGAUACAAGUGUUGUUGUGAAGGGUGGCCAGAACUUGAGCUACAGCUACGACGAGCCAUUUGUCAAACAGCGGAUGGACAGAAUCUUGCAUUUUGGAAGUCUCUGGUACUACGCUCAGCCGAGCCCUGCGCCACUGGAGUUUUCUCUGGUUGUACACGGCGGAAAGGGAUUCGCAGGAGUGGUCGCAGGAGAUAUGAUCCUCUUCAUCUUUCCAAUCCGCCUACGGUCUCGCUGGGACCCUCUUCUUGUCAAGACGAUCUUGGAAAGCAACAAUUUCACAUACGCUCCUGUCACGCAUGAGGGUAUCGACAUGCCUGCGGUACAUGAUCAUACAUUAGGUUUGAGCGUCGUUCUGGAUCCGAACACAUUCCUCCCUUACCUCGUCCGCACGACCGAAGACCAUCCAUUCUUCGGCAAGUCCACUUACGAUGUCCGGACAUACAACUACCGCUCUAUCAACGGCGUUAUGGCGCCUCACCACUACAAAACUAUUUACAAUGGUGAGAAAUUGAUCAUCGACUGGCAAGUCGAUAGCGUUGAGAUCAAUCCCGAACUCCCAGCUACAUGGUUUGAUGGGCCCAAUUCAACGUUCGGGGAUAGUAACAUCCCGUACACUAACGAGACCAUGAUGGCCGAGAUCCAAGAGAAGUCGAAUAACUACAUCUAUUUUGGCUUACCAUUCAACGGAACCGUCGAGGCGUUCAAGGUCCAUAAUGAUUGGCAUGACUUACCCAAUGUAUGGUCUCUCAAGCUACUCGAGUGGUACCAAUACCGCCAGUUGGUCUUGGAGUUCGACGACUUUGUCGCUGUUCUUGACUGUCCACCUCAGCAGAGUCACACUGUCAUAGCGUGGGUGAAGACGAACAUUGGAAAGCCUCUCAAGUAUAUCAUCCCAACCCAUCACCACCAUGAUCACUCUUUAGGCCUGACAGACUAUAUCAAAGCCGGCGCAAAGGCUGUAGUACCCGACUUUGCGAAAGACUACUACACUACACUGGGCGACGACGAUUUCGAAACUUCACGUAAGUCAAGAUGGCAAUACCUCAACACCUUAUGUUGUUGGAUACUAAGUAGCCAAAGUGCAACUGAACCCUACAUUAUGCAAAGCGCCAUGAUGAAAGCAGUCUUCAUCAACAUGCAAAAGAGCGUCCACGCCAAAGAUCAGGUCUAUGCCGUCAUCAUGCCCGCAUGUAUAACCGACAACAGCACCAUGCUCGUCUUCGAUGCCGACCACCUCAGCCGUCACGAUAUGCUUGACGACCACAACGAUCAGGCGGGGUUCUGGGAGAUGAUCGAGGACUUUCGGCUUAAUCGUAUUUCCCGCAAUAUCAACUAUGUCCGCCUGGGUUACCUGCGCUUACCGGUAUGGCCACGAACGCCUCAGCUCAGCGCGACCAUUUUAGUCGCCUCCCUACAGAACUCAAAUGCGCAGUCGUACGAUACUCAUCCGAAGCAAAUCCGUUUAGUGCGAACUUUUCUCAACAUGUCCUCGUCCUCAAACUUGCAAGAAUCUCACUUCGGUCCUGAUGCAAAGACCACAGUCGUGCAGACCAGAGCACCGGGAACGAAGAAGUCGAAUACACACAGUCUUCAGCUAGUCAGUCUAUACAUUGGAGAACUUGUUCUUCCUCCGACCUUUGGCACAAUGUUCCAGCGAAUAGACAUUGUUGCUCUUAAGGAGCUCGCUCUUGAUGGUACCACACGCGUUGCUGGGCUAUUAGACGCCAUGCGCUCCGAGUUCCAGAUGCGACAGCCCUCGUUACGAGAACUAGGACUCGUGGGGAUGAGCGAACUCACAUCAGGUGACUUCAUAUCACAACUACAACUGUUCCUACUCUCCUUCCACGGUUUGCAUAAGCUACAUAUCCAGUGUGCCAACUGUAUCAAGAUUAAUGUUGAUGGUAUCGUCUACCAUGGAGAGACUCUUACGGAGCUCCUUGUAGUCAAUGGAGAUAUUCAUCGGCAAGAUAGCACGAGAUGCUUCAGCGCAGAAGAUCUUUAG